CUUCCCUCCCUCCUCCUUUAACCAUGGCAACGGGGCCAUGGAGCGGGGGUUUCGGCGCGGAGCGGCACUGGUGGCGGCGUGGAGGAGCCUGUGGGAGCGUGGUGGCCUGGCUCGGUUCCGCCCUCAGUGCAGGACUGGCUGUGGGGCAUGCAGGGUACAAGGGACCAGGCCCUUCUCUCUGUCUGCUGCUGCCAGUGCUGUUUUGGGACUGGGCAGUUGGGGAGGUGACAGUGGGAAGCAGAAACUCACCCUGCAGGAUGUGGCGGGGCUCAUUCGGAAGAAGGAGUGUCGUCGAGUAGUAGUGAUGGCCGGUGCUGGGAUUAGCACCCCCAGUGGGAUCCCAGACUUCAGGUCCCCAGGAAGCGGCCUCUAUAGUAACCUUGAGCAGUACAACAUCCCUUAUCCCGAAGCCAUCUUUGAACUGGCCUAUUUCUUCAUCAACCCCAAGCCAUUUUUCACUUUGGCCAAGGAGCUCUACCCUGGCAAUUAUAGACCCAACUAUGCCCACUAUUUCCUGAGACUUCUGCAUGACAAAGGGCUCCUUCUGCGUCUCUAUACUCAGAAUAUUGAUGGGCUGGAGCGAGUUGCUGGGAUCCCUCCUGAUAGACUGGUGGAAGCCCAUGGCACCUUUGCUACUGCCACGUGCACAGUCUGUCGGAGGAAAUUCCCAGGAGAGGACUUCAGGGGAGACGUUAUGGCAGACAAGGUCCCUCACUGUCGCGUCUGCACUGGAAUCAUCAAGCCUGACAUUGUGUUCUUUGGCGAGGAGCUCCCGCAGCGCUUCUUCCUGCACUUGACAGACUUCCCCAUGGCAGACCUGCUUUUUGUCAUCGGAACAUCCCUGGAGGUGGAGCCCUUUGCCAGCCUGGCAGGAGCUGUUCGCAACUCCAUUCCCCGGGUCCUCAUCAACCGAGAUCUUGUAGGACCGUUUGCCUGGCAGCAACGUUAUAAUGACAUAGCCCAGCUGGAGGAUGUGGUCACUGGGGUCAAGAAGCUCGUGGAAUUGCUGGAUUGGAACGAAGAGAUGCAAACACUAAUUCAGAAAGAAAAAGAAAAGGUGGGAAGGAGCUCAGUGCCCCAUCUCCUUCUCUUGGCCUCCAUUCCUGGUGCUUGAGUUAUCUUGGGGAGACGCAAGCAUUGCUUGCUGGGAUUAGAGACUUGCACCACAGGCUUUGCCACACUCACAGUCAACAUUCAGAGAAAACCAGGGAAAAGUGCAGGAGGGUUAAAAAAGCAAACAGCAGUGGUAUUUUGCAAUGAGGGCAGGCACAGUGCCACAGAGCAGACUGCUGUGUUGUUAAAUGUUUCAGUGGGGCAGAAGGGGAGGACAGAGCUGCCAGCCUCAGAGGAAACAGGAAAAAUGUGGAAAAUGCCAAGCUCAGGGUUGAGCAUGACUGCUUUAAGGCAUUGUCAAGCAGUGAGAUGUUUGAUUACUGAAAAGCUUUCUGUGGUUUUCAGCUGCUUAUUUAUUUAUUCCCAAAUGGAACACACCAUAUAGAUUUAAGGACAGUAGCCUGGAGUCACAGACCAAAAAAAAAAAGUUAUCUUAAUCCAGUCCAAUCUUGUAAGGCAGUAGAGAGCUUGGUUUUUAUAGUGCUUUGCCCUGCCUGUGAGCCUGAGAUGCUGUUAAUGCCACCUGCUGCAUUAAUGCGAGUAACUGCUCAACUAAACAGGGAGCCAAGCAUCACCUCAGCUGAGUUUUCCUCUUUCAGUACAUUCUUUGCUUUAGUUGCAUUUGGUUUCAUUUAAUGCUUGUGCUGUUCUAAGCCACAGAUGGAUGGAUAAAGCUAGUGCAAGUGUUGCAAAGCAUGAAAAAACCUGCUUGCUCUGGGAUUUUGGUGCUAGCAACAUCACUGACUGAGCUAGUGGGGGGUGGGAGAUUUGAAACACCCAAGCAAAUACUGUAAUCUUUAUUUUUAGCUGGAUUCAAAAGACUAAUAGGACAACUGGCUCCCUGCUGCUGGAAAGCAGUGUUCAUCCUGAAGGAGAAGAGAUGUUGUCAUGCCCAGCAUGAGCAAAGAAAGUGGCAAUGGCAGGGGGCUGUGGAAGAGUUCAUCCAGGUCUGCAGCAGCAAAUCUACAUAGGACUGGCACUUAGGGAAAAGGAGGAUGCUCAUGGCUCAUUACAGCCAGCCUGGAAGCAGUGAGACCCUGUCAUCCAUGAAGGAAGGGAAGCCGAAAGGAGCACAGCCCCACUGCCAAGUUGCAGUUUCCACACGUGAAGGCUUUUCUAUCUGAGAUUUCAAAACAGUUGAUGUAGCCACCGAAGGUUGUUCCUCCUCACCUCAUUUCAGCACCCAUUAGGAGACACUUUACUCUUGUGUGGCCCUGGCUCUGUCAAAGCACCAUUUGACAAUGUCCAGCCAUGAGUUUCACCAGCAUGUCAGAUGAGAUGUGCUCGUGCACAGCUCCUCCACAGAUACUUUUUUCUUAGUCACGAACUGCUAGCUGCUGCAGACUGGUAAUGUUUAGUCUUUGGAUGAAACCUGCUGAUCAGGAGAUGAUUGCUGUUAAUGUACUGUUAAUGUACCUGUUCCUGUUCAGAAAGGCCAGCUCAACUGCUGGAAAUUUUCAGUGUAGUGGUGAUUAUUAAUAAUAAAGAGUUACAGCUAUUUUCCUGAUGCCAGCAGAGUGUUUUUUCUGU